AUGUCUACCAACAAGUCCAACGAGAAACCGAUCAAAAUGGCCAUGUCCCUCGAUGGGGCCAAGUCUGUCAAGAUUGAAGAGGAUGAUGUCAUUGUUUUCACCAUGGAGGAGGGCCCUCCCAUCGAACUCAAGUUUGUCAUGCCUUCUGUCCACAAGCAAGGAUACCAGACCCCCAUGGUGAACACCAAAGCCAAGGCCAAGGUGGGAUUUCUCAGUCCGGCGGACAAGAGCAACAAGAGCGAAAACACCCCCAUGCCCUUCGCAUCUCCUUCCAUUUGCGACAGCAGCAUGGGAUCACCCUCUCCUUUCAAGAGUUGCUUCAUCGAUGGCUCCAAUCAGGGAUUCACCCAGGAAACGUCUCUUCUCCAUGCAUCGGAACUCGCCUUGGAUUGUGAAGAAAAGCACGAGAAGCCUCUCGCUGAGAUCCUUGCUGAACUUGGCUUCGACGACUAA